CUUAGUAACCUGUCUGGCGAUCUACUGUUUAUCGACCGAGCAGAUUGGGGAUAAGAUGGAGGCGAUGGUUGUCGCAAUCUUCAGAUAGGACCCUAUAGAUAGAAUAAGAAGAGGUUUUAUCAUUUAAACAGCAGGACAUUUUUCCCAUGGAGUUAUUAUAGGAUGGCAUAAACACCGAAUAAGGAUAAAAGUUUACGUUGUGAAUGUGUGAUUUUAAUUUUAAUUUCAAAAUAAGAGGAUUGUAUCUUGGAUAUUUAAACAGAAAGAUUCGUCAGGAUGCCCCUGCGGGACACGUACAAGGUCCAGCUCAAGCGGGUGAAGGAUGGGAUUGAGAAGGAACGUGUCAAGAUCCCUAGAGCGCCACCGAAAGAGGGUUAUAAGCCAUUUAUAUGGAACAGUUUAGAGGGAUACUAUGACACGUCCGUACCUGAUUACGUCAUCAACUGUCCGAAGGAGGACAUGCACCCGCAGGUACCGUACAGCUGGGUGGACAAGGAAUUUGAUGACUCCCUGAUCGAUGUGUCAACAAGGAAGACCACACUGAGGCUGGUGGACCCCCUGGAGGACUUCAACAUGGCCAGGGAGAUCCUCCCGAAACUACGUGACAGUCGACCGUCAACGAAAAACUCCAACUUCCGGUCAAGCCAGAGGGGAGACAGACCGCCGACCAAUGAUUCGGCCGAUAGACAGAGGAUUUGGGAAAACAUGAAUUUGAGAUUGCCGAAGGUUUCCCCAGAAAGAGGAAGAGAUACCGGUCGUCCUAUGCAAAACGGUGAGGAGGAUGCCCAAGGUCAAAGUCGACGACCGCAAUCUUACAGCACACUAACAGAGGAAAAUGUAAAUGGGACAAAUGUACAACAGGAGAAUAGUAAGAAGGAACCAGAAACAAAAAUAAAACUACCAAGAAAUCUAUCGGCUAAUUCAAAACGCCGCGAGAGAAGCCCGUACCGGACCGCUUAUAACGAGGCUGCCCUUCGGACGUCCAUCUCACAACAUCAUAGUAGGCAUGCGCAUAGACAGAAAUCCUCCAAGACAUAUUCAUCAAGGGGGAGUUAUUCUCCUGAGAGAGGGAGAAUUCUACUUCCGGAGAUCCAUAAAGUAGAAUUUGAUGUCGUAAACGACAAUGCUACAAAAGAGUUCCCUUACAGUGGAGUGCCGCGUUUCAGGGAGAAGAUGCAUCAACAGUAUGACAUCGACUCUCCCAAACGAGUGGACGAGGACUACAAGAAAACGAAGAAGGACUUCUACUUAAUGAAACUACACAAAUUAUCGGAAGUUCAUCCCUCAAACAGAGCGGGCAUGCGCAAAGCCUACUUUGCCUACCUUCAGAAUAACCCCGGAGCCAAAAAGGCCGUUAAAGAUUGUGUAGAUCAACUUGUAUCAGACGAUCCUCAUUUAAAAAAUACAACUCCGAGAACCUCUUCCACCUCACCAGUUCGUACAGGUGUAAACUGAGGAGAACAAUAACUUCCCCCUCACCAGUUCGUACAGGUGUAAACUGAGGCGAACAAUACCUUCCACCUC